AGUACUUCCUUGUUGAUCACAACAUAGCAGCUCAGCCCCGCAGUGUAGACGUCACUCAUUACAUACUCCAACAUCCAACGGCACAUCAACUUACCUCGUGGUUGUCACAACACUCACGAAAAGCUCCACGCCAUUUCUUACAGCACCGCAGAAUAUCAAGGCAGUCAACGUCGUUCAGCUCCAAUCCGCCUUCUCAGCAUGGCCCUCCUAACUCUCCCGACGGAAAUCAUUUCCCGGGUUGUCUCCUUCCUCGACACGGCAAGUCCGCUCGAAACCACGAUCCUCCAGAAACCCAAAGCACCACAAUCCCUACAUCAGCUACCAUCAGCCUCCCCUAAUGCCAACGAUGUUUCUUCCUCUUCCUCCUCACCCAGCCCUCCAUUGAAACACUUCUCCCUUACGAGUCGCUUCCUCCGCACACUCUCCCUACCAUUCCUUUUCAAGCACUCGACCGUCCACCCUCUACAGAUCACCAAUCUCCUCACCUUUCUCCAAAACCACGACCUUCAAUCCCGCAUCCUCACCAUAACAGCACCACUAGAAUCGCACUUCACCCACUUUCACCCGGCAUGGUGGUCUCGCCUCCUCGACGCACUCCCGUGCCUGACAACUUUCACUAUCAUCGCACCUCCCGAAGUCCUUGACGCUCUCGCUGGAAUUCACACAUGGACCACCGAUGCCUGGGCCUUCAAUAUGCCCUAUCAAAUCUUACGUCUCGAGCAUUCACCCUCGGGACCACCCUCGGAGUCGCACUCCCCAAUGAACUUUGUUAACAGUGACGACGACACGCUCCCGACCAUCCUCACGGCCAGAAAAUGGCACACUCUAACUCUAAAUGAAGGGUCCAGUCUCCAAGCCUACACGACCUACGAGUUCUUUCUGCGGCGCACCCCAUCCCUUCUGACCGCCCUACACUUCAACAACUCCGCCAUUGCCGAUCCGCUAUUCACGUCACUAAGAUCUUUCAACUUUAUCGCCAUCUUCCCCUUCUACAACCACGUGGACGAGAUCUUGAAGAGUAUCCGCAAAAUGACAAACCUGGAGUCUUUGUCGAUUAAACUUUGCCCGGACCCCGAUUCUACGGUCUUCCGGGACGAAAUCGAACUAAACCACGGGCAUAUCGACGUCAACGAUCCGUGGAACGAAUGCGAAACCUCGUGGAUGCUCAUAGCCCACACCGUCAUCUACCUCACGGUCCAGGGCCAUCUGACAACCUUCCACAUGGUAGACGUGCAGAUCGAGGCUGUUCGAGAAUCUCUGGAGAAAGCCAUCGUCUCCCGGCUUCAGGAGUGGUGGUCGUACGAGGGCGACGGCUCAGGCAUGUGGCACAAACGGCCACAAAGCAUUGAUCCCACAAAGAUUACUGCCAUAGAUACUGCCGACAAUGCUCCCGCUGCCCCAUUCAUCGUAACAUCCACCACCUAAAGAGAGAUUAACACCAUGGAUGAAAAGCCCUUCGAAGCAAAGAAUCAGACUACGGUGUACCUCCACGUUCUAAGGCUGUUCGGCGAGCCAAGCGAGUUUGGCGAACAAACCCCCAAAGCUUCUCUGCCCCUGGAUCUAAUUACUACACAGUAAGUAAGACUGGCCUCGUUCUCGUAUCCAUCAAAAAAAGGAUCGUAUCCAAGAUGUAAACCAACUGCCGUGGGGAGCGAACCACCCAUGUUUUGAAUCCGAGUGUCGGGUACGACCCCGUCAAACACGAUGGAACAAU